CGAUAGGUUUCCCAUACAUAAUAAGGUUAACAUUUCACACUUGUCCCUCCCUAUGUCGUAACUCGUCACACGUCUCAAGCACUCUUUCAUAUUCUACAAAUGCAAACACUUUGGAAACACGUGGCCAGCAUUAAUGGCAUGUGUUAUUAUGUUAAACACGAGGUAACGGUCGAACACGAAGUUAAUUUUUCUCGUUGUACUCAGUGGUUGUGCUAUGGCCGAAAAACACACCACUCCCUUAAAGCAUUGUAAAGUCGAUGGUUGUAGUGAAAUCAGUGUUGGUUCCAAAGUACUAUUGUGCCGUAAACAUCGAAACAAAACGUACAAACAAAACUACAAAAAGAAGAAAAGAAAUGCCAAGGAAAAUUUAAAUAUGCAUUCUCAAGAAGUAGUUAUAGAUGAUAAGUAUUUGUUGGAGCAAAAGUAUUCAAAUAUGUUGCAAGAUGUUCUUGCUGAAAAACAAAUGGAGUUAUUUGAAGCACCUUCUGUUGUACAAUUGCUAAAAAAAUAUCAGCGUGAAAAGAUGUUAUCACGAAGCAAUAAACCAGAUGUGGAAAGUCAAAAAUCUUCAGUGGAUUUAAAGAAAUCAGAUAAAUCAAUGUUGUGCAAAUCACAAUCAAACAUUGAAGAUGAGAAAUCAAGUUUUGGCUUGAAAACAGAAAGUGAUGUCAUGUCUUCCAAUGAAAUCAUUCAAGUAAUUGACUCAUCAACAGAUUUUUCAAUAGCCAACUGCUACAAUACUCCUUGGACUCAAAAUAAUUUUUCUUGUGAUUUGGUUUCAAGCAAGUAUGAUGCUUCAUAUCAACAUGAUACAUCAUCACAGCUCUUAACAAAUGUAUCUGAAGCCAACUCAAAUCAACCAGAAUGAUUUGAUGCGGAGUCAUAAAAAUCCAUUGAUAAACAUAAAAAUACAUAUGUGCUGUAUACAUGUAAUUUGCCUCCUUAUAGUGCAACCUUGUGCUAGCUAUUUAUCCUUGUUUUAAGAUAUAUGUAAGCUUAUACAAAAGAAGCACUUGGUUUUAUGCAAUAGAUUGUUAAUCGCUAGUUUUGAUUGUA